AUGAAUAAUACCCUGACCGCGGCCUUGGGAGCAUUGCGGCACGCGGAUGGCAAGCCCGACGUACUGGCACGAAGGUCCGAGUUGGAUGACCUCAUAGACCAUGGCUUGUCAAGCUCAGAGAUACGACAUCUCCGAGCUCGACUCAAUGCCAUAGGCAUGAAUAAGGAUAUCUGUAUGCACCUGCCAAUAGAGCUUCUAAUGUGCGUCGUCGAGCACCUUGAUCUAGAAGACAUCAUGAAAGCCCGCUCAGUCUCACGAGCAUGGAACGAGAGAUUCUCCUCCCCCGAUUUCUGCCUCGGCGUCAUCAAACUGCAUUUCCGGUCUACGUGGGAAGCAUCCUACAAGUCCUUCGACAGUGAAGCCCAGCAGCUGGCAAAGAUGUCUCCCAGCAAGUGGCUUCCACGCGCAGCUGUGGAUCGAUUUCGGAGACGUCGUGGCCAGUACCGCUCCGUAGAGUGGUAUUUCUCUGAGGGGGCUUCGAGCGAUGAUCCUGUGGAAUCCCAGUAUAGCCAUGGCAGGGUAGCCUUCAAAAUAGAUACCCCUCCCAUUGUUGUCUUAUCUCUGAACCCAGACGCAUCACCGCAGGUGUUUAUGGAUCCUGACCGCCAACCCAUAGGGCCCUGGCUGCUCUCAGAUCAAUUCUUAAUCGCGCAGAAAUCCCAUCCUAAACAUACCGUUAUGGCAUGGGAUUUCAACCGCAACUAUAUGGGGAAUGUGCGACUUCCAAGCAGUAUUCGGCGAAUGUCCGCAUAUCACGAUAAAGUAGGACUAAUCACCGAAUCUAACGAAGCUCUGGUCUGGCACAUUGGAGGACCACUCAAACAACUCGAUACAGCAAACGUACAAUCGAAGCUUAGCGGGUUUCCAACUUGGGGUGCAUCUACCAUACUUUUUCACCCGAUCGACAAAGAGACUUCGUUUGUCUUCUCCCAAGCCUGGAAAGGCCCAGAUAGUGGAGACAACAGCUACACAAUCCGAUUAAUCGUCGAGGAAUUUACCAAAGAGCAAUCUAAAGGCAUCUAUCACGUCGACAUCAUCCACACCGCCCCAGCCGAUCCUCGCAGGCCACAGACCACCACUUUUGAUCCCGGUCCCUUAAGCAUCGUCGUCGAUGAAGACGGACGCUGCAGUAUAGGAUGCAGACCGCGACACGACCAAGGGUAUCCAGGGCCGGACAUCACCGCCCUGGCGCUCUUCGACAUGUACGACAAGAACUUCGAUACUCGCCAUCCUUACCUUCCUGACCUCCCUGGCGGCAGCAUGCGAAGUCUCCGGGAACAGAUUACGGACAUGGGCUUGGCGAGCUUGAAAAUUCAGGGCCGGAACGAUAUAGAUGAGGUGGGGCCUAUAUACACUGUCGAGGGCGAUGAUAGAUUCAUCGUCCUCUUUGGACAACUUGGGUGUGUUGCAGGAUGCUUUGAGAAAAGCGUCUCGAUACCAGGAGUGUGUUGGCAACAGAGCCUGGAACGUUCGGCGUCCUAA